GACUAUAAGAGAAUCUCUUGUUGAACGCUUAGUGCAAAGAACUUUCUUUUAAUAUUUACGGUAUAUGUCUCACGCGAUGUUUCUUCGGACUCGGAUAUUCAGUAUUCAGUGGGUAUCGUAUUUUCAUGAGAGGUUGAAGAAUUCGCAGUGUAACAUUGAAUUUGCGUGAAAACAGAUAAAAUGGGGAUGCUUUUUAGCGUUUCAUGUAAUUCGAACAAUAGACUGAACGGAAAAACUGCUUUGAUUACUGGAGCAAAUUCGGGCAUUGGAAAAACCACUGCUAAAGAUUUUUACAUCAGAGGUGCUAGAGUGAUACUGGCGUGUAGAGACAUUGAAAAAGCUAAAACUACCAUUUGCACCAUUCAACAACAAUGUGAAAGCAAAGAAAACCUGGGAGAACUGGAGGCUGUGGAGCUAGACUUAAGUAGUUUACAAUCCGUACGAGAAUGUGCUAAGGCUAUACUAGAAAAGGAAAAGCAAAUUAAUAUUUUAAUUAAUAAUGCAGGAGUAAUGAUGUGCCCGUUUUCAAGAACGGAAGAUGGUUACGAAACGCAGUUUGCUACCAAUCACUUAGGACACUUCUUGCUAACUUUAUUAUUGCUGCCGAGAAUAAUAAAGAGUGCUCCAGCAAGAAUAAUAAAUGUUUCUUCUAGUGCACAUUCCUUCACUCCUAUCGAUUUUUCUGAUAUUAACUGGGAAAAGAGAACCUACAGCCCAAUGGGAGCAUACAGUCAAAGCAAACUAUCCAAUAUUUUGUUUACCAAAGAACUAGCAACACGGUUAAAAGAAAAUAACAUUCAGGGUGUAAAUAUUUACAGUUUACAUCCAGGUGUAAUAAGGACCAAUUUGGGAAGGCACGUCUCCAAAAAAAUUUACUUUCCAGGUCUUCAUUGGCUCUGGAGAAACGUUGCCCCCUAUAUCAUUAAAAAUCCAGAGCAAGGCGCUCAAACGCAGAUAUACUGCGCUGUAGAUGAAAAAUGCGCCAACGAAACUGGACUGUAUUACUCAAAUUGUAAAGUGAUCGAACCUUCUGCCGAUGCUAAAAAUGAACAAUUUGCUAAACAAUUGUGGGAAAUAAGCUUAAAUAUGGUGGGGUUAGAUGAGAAUUUUAAUCCCUUUAAAACAUAAAGUUACUUGGUAUAUUUUAAAGUUGGUUUCAAGACUAUUUUCGUUUUUGUAAUCACUAGGGAGCGGAUUUAUAUGCGAUCAAUUUUGAUGAAAUAUGCGCAUAUAUAUGCAGUAAAAAAUUACGAAAUAUGCGCAAGAUAUGCACAAAAAUUCCAAAAAUGCGCAUUUCGAGAAACCACAAAUUUUCUGUUCUAUUCUAUUCUAACGGGUUCUUUUAUAGGGGGGCAAUCGUAUAUUAUCUUUGAAAUAAAAACAUUAUUUUUUACAUAUGCAAUUUAUUCACAAUGAGAAGACACACAGUGAGGAUUCAGGAAGGGCAGAAGCACGCAAGACUUAUAAUAUUCAUAAUAAGACAUGUGAGUGUGAAGGUAAUCAAUAAGAAUUGAGAGAUACAUACAUGCUUCAUCGAUAUGGAAAAGGCGUUUGACAGAAUCCGAAGAAAGGACGUAUGGAAGAAACUAAAAGACGGGGGAGUCGACAGGCACAACAUGGGAGUAAUUAAGGAUACGUACAAAAAUAAUACAAAUACAGUAACAACCAAUAACGACGAAUCCAGAAAAUUUACUACAAGUCAAUGCGUCAAAUUAUAGGGAUGCGUGUUGAGUCCACUGCUAUUCUCAGUGAUAAUGGGAUUCCUGUUCUGAAGAGUACAGACAAAAUACAAAACGAAACAAUCAGACAAAAACCUAAAACUAGAACCAAUCAAUGAAAAAAUAGUAGAUAGACAACUUAGAUGGUUGGGGAACGUGUGUAGAAUGUCGAACGUGAGACUUGGGCAGGCCGCACAUCAAAGAAACAUGAAACGUAAAUUACGUUUCAUGGAAAUAAACCACUGCUAAACAAAUAUAUAUCCGGCCAUUUAUGAGACUCUCCGAAAAUAAAAAUGUGUCAUGAACAUGAAUCACACUCGUUUCAUUGAUAGGCGGACUUUUAGAUUUGUUUAGCAGUGUUUUCUUUUCAUGAAACAUGUUUUUCGUUUCAUGUUUCAUGUUCUUCGUUUCAUGUUUCUUUGGUGUGCGGCUUGCCUAACAAAACGAGUGUUCGAAACGAGAGUAAAGGGGAUAAACAAAAGUUUCCUGGAAGACCAAGAGUUAUGUGGGUAGAUGAAAUCAGGAAAGAAGUCAAGAAGAAAGGAUUGACAUUGAAACUGCAAGAAACCCAACACAAGAUCGGAAAACAUGGAGACUGUAAUGCCAAAUUCAAAUCCACCAGCCUUACACCUAAAGGUAGAAAGGCUUAGGACUAAGUAAGUAAGUAAACUUUAAUGAUGAAGCAGCCAAAUAUUAGCCAUUUAUUAAAGAAAAAAGAGGAAGAAAGCAAUUUUAGAACUCACCAUUUUACUACAUGCUUUGCAGAAUAAGUUUCCAUUGCUGUAAUGAAGCUCGGGAUAGGUUCUGAUCCAGGAAUAAACCAGGCAAGAUUCUUUCGGCAUAUUGAAAUAUUUUCAAACAGAAGUAUUAAAAAAAAACUAAACAUUCCCAUUGUACCGACUAAAGGUAACUAAUUUUACUGAUUUACGGAAUAUGAUCUAAAGCAUGAACAUUUCAAUUUCAUUAGAAAAUCGUAAAACUAUGGUUAAAGGUGUAAAUUCUCUUAACAAUAGGCUAUUUAAAAGAAUCACCAGAAUUAUAGGUACCUACUAAAUAUAAUAAAAGUAAAUAAAAUUCGGAUUUCUACAAAUCAUUUUAUAACGGCGCGGCGUACUAUAAGUACUUUGUGUAAAGAUCGGGUAUUUUCUAGGAAAAAAUGAAAAGGCAGUGAACGAGCCGUCUCUCUUCAGGUAGUUCUCGAAUUAAUACAUAGAUACGACAGCCUGUACGUACGGGGAAAUAUUUUGUGUCGAAUUAAAAAAUUUUAAAUUUUUUUUGGACUUAAAUGUUUUUAAAUAGGCACGCAAUAUGCAUGUUUUUUCCAAAAUAUGCAAAAUUUAGUAAAGUUCUCAAAUAUGCGAAAUAUGCAGGCAAUAUGCAUUUAGCAUAAAAUCCGCUCCCUAGUAAUCACUAUAUUUGUAAUGACUGAAUGUAGCGUUUGUUAAACUUUUAAAUUAUAUCAUUAUUAUAAUUGUUCCUAGUUAAGCCUCGAUCUUCAAUCAGCUUCUUUUUUAUUUUAUUGAGAAUUUCAAGUUUUUUCAAGGAUUUAAAUUUUUAAAUGCGUAACUUAAUAACAUAACUACUUUCUAAAUGAUCAAAUUUUUGUCUUCUUCUAAUGCGGACUCCAGUAAUGAAGGUUGGGUAUAACCAUUGCAAAUUCUUCUCUAUCUUCUGCUUUUCAGAAAAGCGUCUGUGUGUUUAACCCGGUUCAGUCGCGAAUGUUUUUCAGAGAAGGUAUUUGUCGUCUACCAGGAUCUUUUUUUCUUCGAUUUUACCCUUCAUAAUCAGCUGUAAUAGCUCGUAAUUAUCAUUUCUAAGUACGUGCCCCAAAUAUACUGUUUUUCUCUUUUUAAUGGCGUUCAAAAGUUCUCUGUCUCUUCCCAUUCUGUUCAACACUAUUUUGUGCACCACACAUAACAAAAGCUUCUAGCUUUCUCAUGAAGUCAAUAUUAACAGUCCAAGCUUCGACACCAUGAAGAAGAAUAGAGGAAAUUUUACCAUCUGAUAUCGGAGUUGCAGAUUGAGUCUUUGGUUACUCAGAAAAAAAAUCCUCAUCUUCAAAAAGGCUGCUCUUAAAAAUAUUUAAACUUUAUUAAGUUUUAGGGAUUUUAAAAUUUUAUAUUAUCAAUAAAGUAAGGUUUUUUAUUUAUUGUCAAUAAAAAUUUUGUAUUUUGUUAA